UUCGUGGAGAAUUUCUCAGGGACAUAUGUGUGUAGAUUUUGCACAGCAAAGAGUGAAGAAUUUCAGACCAUAGAAGUUAAUUCAGGAGCAUUUUGUCUGAGAACCAAGGGGGUUCACGCUGCUCAUCUUGAGGCUGUGAGAGAAGGGGAAGUACCUCAUUUUGGUGUGAAAGGGGUUUGUGUGUUAUCAGAGAGACUGUCAUACUUUAAUGUGACUACAGGUUUUCCCCCUGACAUAGCACAUGACCUCUUUGAGGGUAUUAUCCCUGUUGAAGUAGCAUUGUGUUUGGCUGUCUUUGUUGGUAAAAAAUAUUUUACAUUGCACAACCUGAAUGAAGCAAUCCAAACAUUUCCCUUCAAGUGGAGUGAUAAAAAUAAUCGUCCCCAUCCUGUGCCUCUUGCAUUUUCAACAAAGAAAAGGAUUGGAGGGAAUGCACACGAGAAUUGGAGUUUAGUGAGAUUCCUACCCCUGUUGAUUGGAGACAAGGUCCCUGCUGAUGAACCUGCCUGGCAGGUCCUUACUGAUUUGAAGGAUAUUGUGGACCUUGUAGUUGCACCUUUUCACACCAAAGAAUCUGUAGCUUAUUUGGAUAGUAAAAUAUCUGAACACAGACUGAGAUUUCAAGAAGUUUUCCCUGAUCAAAAAAUUCUGCCCAAGCACCACUAUCUGGAGCACUACUCUCAGCUUAUUGAGCAGUAUGGUCCCCUGGUUGAGCUAUGGACGAUGCGCUUCGAAUCUAAACACAGCUUCUUUAAAAGGGUUGUGCGUCAUAUGAACUGCUUCAAAAAUGUUCUCCUAUCAUUGUCACAGCGGCAUCAGUUUCAUAUAGCCCAUCAUCUGCACCUGAGCAGCUUACCGACAUCAACUCUCAAAGUUGGAAAUGUUUCUUCCAUUCCCAUUGAUGUUCUGUGUGAGGAAAUAUCAUGUGCUGUGAAGGAGAAGCACCCAAACCUGGAUGUUCUGUGCAUGGCGGAAAAUGUGACUUAUGAAGCCUAUAAUUACAGGAAGGGCAUGAUCAUUUCACAUGGGGAGCUUGCAGGCUUGCCAGAGUUUUGUGAGAUCAUUCAGAUGAUCAUUCUCCAGGAAAAGCCACUUUUUGUUGUCAGACAGCUUGAUGCCUGGUACACAGAACAUUACAGAGCUUUUAUACUGACAACGUCGGCUAGACAAAUUCUUCUUCUGGAACACCACAGUCUUAAUGACCCAUACCCACUGGCUGACUACACGAUUCAGGGGAGGCGUCUGGUGGUUCCAAAAAGAUAUAUCCACGUUUAAGGCUCUUAAGCAUGGCUGUGAAGAGGGCUGCAAAGCUGCUGGUUUUUCUUAGUGAAGAUGACAAAAGGAAAAUGUUACUGCCAAAUGGGAUUCCAGAGUCCGUGGACCAGCUUGUUGAUGAUGUGAGAGAAGCUUGUGGAUUAAGGGGAAACUUUAGGAUCCAGUACCAGGACAAAGACUUUGGUGACAUAUUUGUUAAUUUAACAUCUACUACCGAACUUGAGGAUCUGUGUACAAUCAAAGUGAUCCCUUUGCCUGAUGAUACACCUCCUGAACAGACGGCCGUCAAUGUUAGCUGCUGUAGUGAUGAUGCCGUUUCCGGUUCCAUUUCCGGCGAUACUGAUGACACAUUAAUUCUCUCGUCACCCACCUCUGGUCAUUCUUCAAGGGCAGGGCAAUGGCCAAAGGAGUUCCCCGUUCCAAGCUUCUCCUAUGACACAGAAGUCCAAUUAGAGAGAGGAAAUGCUGCCUUUAAGGCAAAGGGAACAAGAUUGACUGUCGGUCCGAGGAUGAAGUCAGACAUUUUGGAAAAGUUGUCUGAUCAAAUCUAUAUGUAUAAAGCUUACCCAAACAAUGCAGACGUUUGUGAGGUUUCAGAGGCACUGAUCAAGAAGCAUCCCUGUUUGGCAGAGCCAGGAUCCUGGAAUGGCUGCUAUGGGUGGACACAGAGACUUAAAACCAAGAUGGGAAACCUUCGUACCCACCUGAAGGGACUUGGAUGUCCUGAGCUAGCAGUCAAUUCCCUAAAGACCAAAGCUACAGCUGAUGCCUAUCCAGCAAAAAAUGUGAAGCGACCUAAACGUGGUGAGGCCAACCAUGUGCCGUCCUACCCAGUUGGCGAGACUGCAGAUAAUCUUGAAAUGGAGCGACAGGUACUUCUGAAGGAGGUGAAGAAACGGAACAAUGGGAAGAUCGUACGUGAGAAAAUGGCCAAGACAUUUGCUCUCCGUCGCCAAGAAAUCGUGGAAAAACAGCCCAGGGUGGAAGAACUCCAGGAGCGGUGGCCAGCGAUGUUUCAAGAAGAUGAGAUCAAUGCGGAAUUUCUAAGGAUCACAACAGUACCACUACAAGCACGGUUCUUUGCUGGUUUGGAUAAGAAGAGCAGUCAGCUUCUUCAGGUCCUGAGGAAAAAAGGUGGUGCCAUCGGGGAGAAAAUCAGAGACGUCCUUAAGCCUUUGGAUCAGGGUGUCGACUUGAACAGAAGAAGAGAGUGCAUCCUGAAGUCACUUGUGAUCUACCUGGGUGAAGAAGUUGGGCAUCUGAUCAAAGAGUACCUGGUUGUCCAAAAGGAAGAAGCGGAGGCAGAACUUCAAAAUGCCGCCAUGGCUAUCUUUGUUCUCCGUGAUGACGAUCUUUCCCCUCCACAGGACAUCACCCUUGUUAUUGAUGGUGUUGAAGUACUCAACAACUUGGUCUCCAUUGCAUCGGCUUGUGCCAUGCUUUUUGGCCUGACUUACGCAGUCAACCUGAGUUACCCAUUGGAACUCAAAUAUACAUUUGAAACAUUUCAAAAAAUCAUCAUGGAUAUUGAAAGUAGGCAAAUGUCAAAAAGAGUUCAGAAUCUCUCUGCUAAGCUGCAGGACUGAACUUGUAACCAGUCUGAGAUAACAGGGCCACUGUUCUUUGACAGUCAUUCAGUGAUUGUCAUCAUUUGUUCGUGUGUUUUAGAAUAGAACAUAGGACUGAAAACCUGUGGAGAGAAACAUGUCGUUUCAGUUCAAAUGGCACUUGUUUUAUUGAGGCUGCUGCUGUCACAGUCCAUUACUGGAGGGCAGUGAUUUGUUUAUUAGUGGAGG